AUGGCGACCCUCCAAAAAAAAGCCAAAAAGGGCGCCGCGAUCAGCAAGCUCUUAAACAAGCAGUACGAGGGCGCCGACACGACGUCGCUGGAUGAUUACCUCAGAAAAAAGAAGAAGGUCACGCUCCCGCCGGGGCAGACGCGCACGGAGAUCCCGGCCGUAGAGACCUCGAAAUUCGUGGAGCGGCUCUCGCAAUGCCCAGGGAAAGGGGAGAAGAAACAGUCCGAACAAAAAAAGUACCUCCGCCGCGUGGCCUCGUUCCACUUCAACACUUUUGCUUGGUCGAGUGGACCUAUGAGCAUUAGCGACGCCGUCGCGAACCUCGUCGCGGUGGGCGCGGUCGUGGACCCGUGGCUCAAGGCGGACGGGACGCCGGUACCGGUCGAGGACUUCCCGGGCUUCCGGCGCAUCGGCUCCGUCGCGAAGCAGGACGCCGCCGACGACUGGAACGACAAGCAGCAUAACACAAAAGUUAGGAAGCUCGAGAGACGCGAGCGAAAUCCGGCGCCGGGCAAGAAGGAGGCGUCAAACACCCAGGGCGCGACGCUGAAGUGGGGCGAGGAUUCUUUGGUCGUCGCGAACGCCGCGAAGGAAGGGGUCGAGGUGCCGAGGAGGAGCGAGGAGGGCGAGAGGCGGAGAUUGUUGUACACGGGCCGCGGGCCGCGGGGCGACCGGCGCCAGCCGCGGCGGGCCGAGGGGGUCGAGUGCGACUCGUGCACGCGGAACGUCUCGGACGGCGCCGGGAAAGUGUACUCCCCGCACAACCACACGACGCACAUAUUGCUCGCCGGCGGCCAGCUCGUCUGCAAGAUCUGCGACACGAGCGGCCGCGUCAUCACGGACGACCUCGUCGAGGCCGGCGUGAAGGAGGAGGAGAUACCGCUCGUCGCGCGGACCUGGCUCUACGCGAGAUGCGCUCUACGCGAGGACCGCUUUGGUGACGCAUCCUUUGGCGAGGCCAAGGACAUCUUCGACGAGGCCAUCGCGGCGUCCUAUGACGCCACCGUCGACUGCAAGGAGGUGACGGACCGGCAGCAGCGGCUCGCGGAGCCGGCGUGGGCGGAGCAGGACCAGUCGCAACGCGCGGCCUCGCGGCGGCGGCGCGCGAUGCGCGGCGUCGUCGCCGGCGACGACGACGACGCGGACGAGUCGGCGUCGUCGUCGGACGACGCCUCGGCACGCGGUGCGGUGUCGGCGUCGCCGCCGCCGCCGCGGCGGCCUUCCGGCCCGCCGCCGCUGACCUCGCCGGUCUCGGAGGGCUCGGCGGGCUCGGGGGGAUCGCGGUCGCGUGCGAGCGCGGCGUCUCGUGCGGGCUCGGCGAGGUCGGGGCACUCGGCGAGGUCGGCGAGCGGCGCCGGUCGCGGCAGCUCGCGUCGUCGGCGCCGGAUUCGCACGGUUCUCCGGUCGCCGCGGUCGCCGAGCGAGUCGCCGGCGAAGCGCCGCCGACUCGCGAACGACGCCGCGCGGGACUACGUCGAGGAAAACUUCGGCGUGUUCGUCGACUUCCAGGCGGCGUUGCGCGAGUUGUGCGCCGGGGAGCACUCGGGGAGCUUUCUCGCCGACGACGCGGGCGCCCUGGACGAUUUGUUGGAUGCGUUCUUGGAGAAGGCUCGGCGGUCCUAAGUUAGUGUGUCUGU